CCCAAUUUGGUUCAUUGACGGGGACUUCACGACAGUAAUCAAUCCAGUCUCCUCCGUCACCACCACCAUCGCUGCGACUUAGCCUCUCCGGCUUCUAAUCGCGGUUCACGACCGCCGUAUCAGCUUCAUCAGCAUCGGAAUCUCAGUUUCCUCUCUUCGAUUCUUACUAAAAUUAGAUUCAUCACUCACACCAAAAAUGAUGGGCUCAGAGAACGACGAAGACUCCCAUCUCUCUCCGCCGCCGAUUAUCGUAACUCCGGCAGAUUCCGAUCCACUCUCCGCCUUGCCUCCUCCAAACGGCGGCACCUCUUACAUCGAGCCUCCGUCUUACGCCGACGUUAUCUUCAGCCCUUUCGAUGACAACAACAACGCCUCAGAUGAUUCCUCAGACACACUCUCUAGAUCUCCGUCUUCCUCCAGCUCCUCCGAUUACAUCAAGAUCACUGUCUCCAGCCCCCAGAAGGAGCAGGAAACAGCAAGCUCCAUGCUUUCCGGAGGAAGCACUUACGUCACGUACCUGAUUACAACAAGAACGAAUCUCCCUGAGUAUAAAGGUUCCGACUUUACCGUGAGGAGACGGUUUAGAGACGUUGUUGCAUUGGGGGAUAGGUUAGCUGAGUCUUAUAAGGGAUUUUGUAUUCCGCCGAGGCCGGAUAAGAGCGUGGUGGAGAGCCAAGUGAUGCAAAGGCAAGAGUUUGUUGAGCAGAGGAGAGUUGCUUUGGAGAAGUACUUGCGCAGGCUUGCUUCACAUCCUGUGAUUAGGAGUAGUGAUGAGCUGAAAGUGUUUCUUCAAGUGGAAGGGAAGUUAAACCACUUGAAGGUGGGAACAGAUGUGGCGUCUAGGGUGUUGGAUGGUGGUGUCUCUGUGGUUGAGGUGGCUCAGCCGGCUAGAAGCGGUAGAGAUUUGUUUAGGUUGUUUAAGGAGCUUAGACAGUCGGUUUCUAAUGACUGGGGUGGAGCUAAACCAGCUGUUGUGGAGGAAGAUAAAGAGUUUUUGGAGAGGAAGGAGAGGAUGCAUGAUCUUGAGAAAGAGAUCAUUAAUGCCUCACAGCAGGCUGAAACACUUGUCAAGGCACAGCAAGACAUGGGGGAGACGAUGGGGGAGUUGGGAUUAGCGUUCAUUAAGUUGACGAAGUUCGAGAACGAAGAAGCUGUCUUCAAUUCUCAACGAGCUCGUGCCAAUGAUAUGAAGAACUUAGCCACCGCGGCUGUGAAAGCUAGCAGGUUUUACAGAGAACUGAACUCUCAGACGGUCAAGCAUUUGGAUACACUCCACGAUUACCUUGGCGUAAUGAUGGCGGUCCAGGGCGCAUUUGCAGAUAGAUCUAGUGCUUUACUGACAGUGCAGACGCUUCUGUCCGAGGUUUCUUCACUUGAAGGAAGAGCAGAGAAGCUAGAAGCUGCGUCGUCGAAGGUAUUUGGCGGGGACAAGUCAAGGAUUAAGAAGAUAGAAGAGUUAAAAGAAACCAUCAAAGCCACUGAAGACGCCAAGAAUGUAGCCAUCAGGGACUAUGAGCGGAUCAAGGAAAAUAACCGGAGUGAAGUUGAAAGGCUGGACAGAGAAAGGCGUGCAGACUUCUUGAGUAUGAUGAAGGGCUUUGUUGUUAACCAGGUUGGAUAUGCAGAGAAGAUGGCCAAUGUGUGGGCAAAGGUUGCAGAGGAGACUAGUCAAUACAAUAGAGAGAGCUCUUAACAAGAGAGCAGCCUGUAAUUUUCUUAUUCUUAUUCUUUACUCAUGGUUUUGUGCUUUACUCAGUUUCACUUUGGUGUAAAACAAACAACAAAAACAAAAAUAGUUAAAUACUCCAUAAACAAGUUUAGAAGAAUUUAUUA